AUGGACCACUCUCACAUGGACCACUCUCACAUGGAUCACUCUCACAUGGAUCACUCCCAAAUGCACCAUGGCGGAACAGAAGGCGGGUGUACCAUGAACAUGCUCUGGAACCUCAACCCCACCAACAUCUGCAUCAUCACCGACAAGUGGCGCAUCACUGACAGCUUCACCUCGCUGCUUCUCUCGCUACUCGCCAUCACCCUCAUCGCCGCCGGGCUGGAGCUGUUCAAGGCACGCGUCGCUGCAUACGAGAACUGGGCCAAGAAGCAAAUGGAGGCGCAGCCCAAGGCUCGCCGGAGCGCCAUACAGGCACGCGUUGAUGUCAUCAGGGCGGUAUCAUAUGGUGUCCAAGUAUUCUACGGGUAUAUGGCCAUGCUCAUAUCGAUGACGUAUAAUGCGUGGGUUCUCGUUGCGCUUUCGGUGGGGCAUGCGGUGGGAUACUGGACGUGGCGGUUGGAACAAUCGGCGGUUAUGGAGGGGACGUGCUGUGAGUGA